GCCGUUGCCGCCGGCGGUGAUAUUGCCUGGUGGUGUCCAGAAGAAUGAUUCAUCCACAGGUUUCUCUCAAGACACCUUAAAUUAGAGGUCAAGCUCAAGCAAGACCACAGCCUUCGAAAUGACAUCAGACAAAGCCCGCGUGCUCCUUGUCGGAUGUGGAGGCAUCGGCACGAUCGCCGCUCUUAACCUCGAAGCCGGAGGACAAGCUCAGGUCUCCGCAGUCCUCCGUUCCAACUUCGACGUCGUGAAGCGCAAUGGAUUCACAAUCGAGUCUUGCGAACACGGCGAUAAAGAGGGCUGGCGGCCUACCGAAGUCUUGAAUAGCGUCCCGGAAUCAACGAACUCAGGCUCUGAUAGCGUUUUCGAAUACGUCGUUUGCUGCACCAAAACAAUCCCAGACGCCGGCCCAAGCCUGCCAGACAUCAUCGCUCCAGCCGUCGUCCCAGGCCGAACAGUCAUCGUACUCAUCCAAAACGGCAUAAAUAUCCAGCUCCCCUUCUUCAAUCGCUUCCCUACAACUGUUGUACUCUCUGGAGUAAGCCGCAUCGACGCGCACGAGCAUUCAACAGGUGUCAUCGAGCAGAAGCAGCCCGAUCUCCUCCACAUUGGCGCUUUUCACAACGCCAACAUCGGCCUAGAAGAACAGCAACACGCCGCCAGACGCUUCGUCGACAUUUAUAGUUCUGGAGGUAAGACGACUUGCCUCUAUAAACCACACGUCGACUUCGACCGAUGGAGCAAACUCGUCUACAACGCUUCGUUCAACCCCAUCUGUGCUUUAACGAGGGUGAACGCCAGCCAGCUACGAACGGCGGACGGUCCGAUGAACUCUUUGGUUAUCCCGGCCAUGAAAGAAGUGAUCGAAGUAGCGGCGGCUGCAGGUCACGAUAUCCCAUUAAGCGCCAUGACGCAGGCUAUAGAGAUGAAUCCGGUGGAUGAGAAUAUCAAACCCAGCAUGCAGGUUGACUUUGAUAAGAGAAACUUGAUUGAGCACGAAAACAUUCUUGGUGAAAUCUGCCGAGAAGCACACAAGCAAUCUAUAGUGACGCCCAUUUUGGAUGUACUCUAUGAGCUCUGCCGUGCGCAUCAGUGGGAUAUCAAGAGGGACCGCGGCUUAGCAUGAUCACGAUGAGAUCUUUCUGACAUCUCAAUCUAUCUCAACCAGUCUCCCAUCAUAUCAGCAAUGGGACUUAAGAAGUCUCAUCUGUAA